CAUAAACCUUAUUAUCAAGUUUAAUGCAAGUGUGUGGUUUGUUGCAGUGUGUACGGCCUUGAAAUCCAGUCUUAAACAACAUAAUCACCAAGGUUACACCAGAUUUGGACACUGUCCAGCACGGUCAACAUACCCUUUGUGCUCUGAUGAGGAGCGGGAGGAUAAAUGUCCAUCUGGGUGUCAUGUGGAGGGUCUUAUUAAUCUUACAGAUGAAGACAUUCAGAAACGUCUGAGAGAUAUUUGUGAAAGGAUUGAAGAAAAUCAGGACGUCACUUCAUCUGUAAUGCAAAAGAGUGUGACGUUUUAUAGAUCACAAAGAAAAGCUAUCAUCCAGACAUAUAUGCAGGAGAUCAGAUAUGCUGAGUUUGCUGAAGGCCUUCACAGAAACUUAACAUUCCUGCACAAAAGGUCUUCAGAACUUGCAAAAGACUUACAGAAGCAUCAUCACUUGAUCUGGGAUCAGAUAAAUGAAAUCCUUCGAAUUGAGGUGGACAUUGACAUCAAAAUCCGGGCGUGCAAAGGAUCAUGCAAGCAAACCUUUGACCAUGCCAUUGAUAACGAUGCCUUCAAAGCUAUGGAGAACAAAAUGGAGCAGUUCAGCAUUAUCUCAAAGAGGCGAAAAUCAUUCUCCAAAAACAAAAAACUAAAACUUCAGUCUGUUGAUCGGCCUAGUGUGUCCCCCUCUUACCGGAAAAUUCCCUUUGUUCGCACUGAGCUGCUUACAAAGUUUGAAGACAUUGAGCAGCAUCAGGUCAUUUUAGAUGAACUCCUAGCAGAUAUUUAAUCAGAUUUAUGCCUGUAAUACUAUGUGGAAUUAUUUUGUCUGACAUUGUGUAUGGUUUAGUAAUAUAUAAGUAAUUUACAGACAAAUUCUACUUAUUUCUUCUGAUUUUGUUAUCGGUUUACAACAUAUUUAUUUGACAACUGUGCCAUUUAUUUUGCCAAUAUCAUGUUUACAUUUUAAUUUUUUCAUUUUACAUUAUAGGCUUUACAUCUAACUUGUGUGCAGUAUUCCAUGUAUAAUGUUAGAAGAUAAUAUCACAAAUAUCACUAUUUUUUUAUAUCUACUAUGGCUCUGCCUUAGUUGCAAUGCAGAAGCAAGUUCAGGGGGCAGACA